AAGAAGAUGAGAAAAAGAUUAAAAGUCCUCAUGAGCAACGAAAUGAUAGAGUAAAGGAGCAUGUUGCGCAUUUAAUUAAAAAUGUUUCUUUCCAUGGUCUUUCUUACGUCGCCGACAAAAGAAACAAUUAUUUUCGAAGAGCUAUAUGGUUUUUAAUUACGGUUGGUGCGUUUAUCUAUGCUGUUGAAAAAGUUUAUGAAAGUACUGUUAAUUACUUUUCUUAUCCAUUCAAAACCGCUCGCAUGAAAAUUUAUGUCAAUGAAUUAAAUUUUCCGGCUGUAUCAUUCUGUAAUUUGAAUGAUUUUUUGUUUAGCAAACUAAAUGGCACCAAACUUGAUGAAUCAAUUUUGUACCCUGAUGAUCCUGAAAAAAACAAUGUCUCAGAAAUAGAAAUUAGCAACAUUACUUCUGAUGCCACAAUUCGAUUAGAUCAAAUGUUAGUUGAUUGUGAGUUUGAAGGCAAAAAAUGCACUCAUGAAAACUUUACAGAUUUCUGGACUAUGCAGGGCGAACUUUGUUUUACAUUUAACUCUGGAAAAAAUUCUCAUUCAUUAUUAAAGGUAAGUGGAGUUGGGGUGUUAAGAAGCUUAAAACUGACAAUUAAUGUCCAACAUUAUGAAUAUUAUCGAGAUGAAAUGGCUGGUGGGAUUCAUUUAAUGAUUCAUGGACAGGAUGAGGAACCAGUAAAAAUGCAAGGACAAAUAGUAUCUCCAGGAUAUUCUUUUUAUGUUAAAGUUGAAAAAAAAACUAUAAUGAACUUAGAAAAACCUUACAAAACUGAAUGUGGUACAGUAAAAUUAAAGUACUUUGAUCGUUACUCCAUGCAUACAUGCUGGCUUGAGCAACUUACAGACUAUGUUAAUAAAAUGUGUCAUUGCAAAGAUUUUUUUAUGCCUGGAAACAUUCCAUAUUGCAGUUUGCCUGAAUUACAAAACUGUACAUGGAUAGAAUGGGCAAAGUUUAACAAGGAUAAAAUGUAUAAGUGCCCGUUGCCAUGUAAAAUUGAUUUGUAUGGAGUGAGCUUAUCUCGAGCAUUGUUUCCGACUACCCAAUAUUCUAGCAUACUUGCUGAACAGUUUCGCAAACAGCCUCAUGUUUUAAAUAUUGUACACAAUAUUACUGAUGAGCUCUUAUUUAUGAGAGAUAAUUUACUUCGUUUUAUUAUUUAUUAUGAUGAUUUGUCGUACGAGGUACUUGAACAGAAACCAAGUUAUGAAACAUUAGUCUGGUUAGGAGAUAUUGGUGGACAGAUAGGCUUAUUUAUAGGAGCAGGUGUAAUGUCGUAUUUUGAGUUUCUUGAUUGUUUGGCUAUAGUGAUAUACACACGGUUUUUUCAGAAGUUUACUUCCUCAUGA